GUUUGGUUUGGUAUUUUUUCGGAACUCGUACAUUGGUCACACUUGCUGAAGCUGCAUUCUUUUUACCACGAAAUUAAAUUCAAGUUAAAUGCAAAAUUAUCCGUAGAAAGUUGCCGCUCGCCUCAAGUGGUCAACCACCAAGCCUACCCCCAUUGAAGUAAGACACCCCCCAGCAGCCGGUAGACCCCAAAACCAGCCGCAACAUGGACCAAAUGCUCAGUCCCAACUUCUCGAUUCCGAGCAUCGGAACUCCGCUGCACCAGAUGGAGGCGGACCAGCAGAUCGUGGCCAAUCCGGUCUACCAUCCGCCGGCAGUGCCGCAGCCGGAUCCGGUCAUGCCCGCUCCCGUAUCUUCGGCAGGGCAGCAGCAGCAACAACAACAGCAGGCACAGGCUGAUGCCAGCGCUGCUACAAGCGGCAGCGGACUGUUUGGACAUGAGCCAUCGUUGCCGCUGGCUCACAAGCAGAUGCAGAGCUACCAGCCCUCGGCCUCCUAUCAGCAGCAGCAGCCGGGCGGGGGCGGUAGCACGCCGCAGUCCAUGAUGCAGCCGCAGACGCCGCAGAGCAUGAUGUCCCACAUGAUGCCCAUGAGUGAGCGCAGCGUGGGCGGCGGAACAGGAGGCGGCUCGGGAGCAGGCGAUGCCCUCAGCAACAUCCACCAGACCAUGGGACCAUCCACACCUAUGACACCGGCUACACCGGGAUCGGCUGAUCCCGGCAUUGUGCCCCAGCUGCAGAACAUUGUGUCCACGGUGAAUCUCUGCUGCAAGCUGGAUCUCAAGAAGAUAGCGCUGCAUGCCAGGAAUGCCGAGUACAACCCGAAGCGCUUUGCGGCCGUUAUUAUGCGCAUUCGCGAGCCGCGCACCACUGCCUUGAUCUUCAGCUCCGGAAAGAUGGUGUGCACGGGCGCCAAGAGCGAGGAUGACUCCAGGCUGGCGGCUCGCAAGUACGCACGCAUUAUACAAAAGCUGGGAUUUAAUGCAAAGUUCCUUGACUUUAAAAUUCAAAACAUGGUCGGCUCCUGCGACGUCAAGUUUCCCAUUCGCCUGGAGGGCCUGGUCCUCACCCAUUGCAACUUCAGUAGCUACGAGCCGGAGCUCUUUCCUGGUCUCAUCUACCGUAUGGUGCGUCCUCGCAUAGUGCUGCUUAUCUUUGUGUCCGGCAAGGUGGUGCUCACCGGCGCCAAGGUUCGCCAGGAGAUAUACGACGCCUUUGACAAGAUAUUCCCCAUAUUGAAGAAGUUCAAGAAGCAGUCAUAGAUGUAGAAUUUAGGGCUUUAUUAGUUUUUGUAACGCCUAUGUUUAGGGUUUCUUUAGUUCCGUAAGCGACGAGUGUCUGGAAGCCUCCUGGAACUCCUGUGUCUGAGGGCGGGAGAGGAAUAAAAUGAAGUUGAAGUUUAGCUGUACGUAGAUUACAGGCUCUUUA